AUGAAAAGAUUGAUAUUGGAAAGACUACAGGAGGUUGAAAAUUCCAAUAGCACGUUGAACAACCAGGAAUUGGAUGCAGAAAAGCAGUAUGUCGAAGUUAUCGAGCAGCAGUUGGAUUUAGUGAAAGAAGCAGAAGAGGAAUGUCUGAAAGCCGAGAAAAUGCACGCGGCACGAGUCAGAGAUCUUCUUCAGAUUGAGAUGGCGUUGAGCAAGUUACUACAGGAGCAUGGCUCUUCCAUCAAAAAAGCGCGCCCAUACUACAAGCGAAAGGAGGUGUUGACGAGAACGACGAACUCUCAACUUGAGCUGAUGUCAAUUUUGGAGCAUGAGGUACAAGAGCGAAAAGACAGCUACAGCGAUUCGAUGCGAGUAUUGGAGCAGAUCAGUGAGCAAAUCCACCAGGAGCGCGCAUCACAAAGCAGGCUGGCGCAAUCAAGUGACGCUGAAUCGGAUAGUUCUCGGUAUGUAUUGAAAAAUAUAGAGAAAAAAAUCGAGGAAAGAGCUAAAAUAAAGUUCUACUACACAGAAUCAACCGAAAUUUCUAACAGUUCAUAG